AUGAGGCACCUGCCCUACUUCUGCCGCGGGGAGGUGGUGAAGGGCUUCGGCAGAGGCUCCAAGGAGCUGGGCAUCCCCACCGCUAACUUUUCUGAGCAAGUAGUCGAAAGCUUUCCAUCCGAUAUCUCUACUGGUAUAUACUAUGGAUGGGCCUGUGUUGGAAAUGGAGAUGUGCAUAAAAUGGUUUUGAGCAUAGGAUGGAAUCCUUUCUAUAAGAAUAUUAAGAAAUCAGUGGAAACACACAUUAUUCACGCUUUCAGAGACGACUUUUAUGGAGAGAUUCUUAGUGUAGUCAUUAUUGGAUAUAUUCGAUCAGAAAAAAGCUUCAGUUCUUUAGAAGCGCUCAUUUCAGCAAUUCAAGAAGACAUUGAAGAGGCAAAAAGACAGCUAGAUUUACCAGAACAUCUUAAACUCAAAGAGGACAACUUCUUUCAUCUGCCAGAAGGCAAAACAGUAAACCAUUAA